AUAUCGUCCAACGAGAAGCGCAUUGUGUUUUCCGUCGCGCGUGAAUUGAAAAUCGGUAAAUCCAAUUGUUGCUCGCGCUUUGUUGUGUUGGUGCCGAGAAAUACCAGAGAAGACCGGAAAAUCCAAGGGCAUUACAUGCGCGUGAAGUUUUGGCUCGCAGCAAGCUGCAUUUUCCGUUCUUUUUAUUGUGAGAUUCAAAGUUGCCCUGCCUGUUCCUCCUCCGCCGCUUCCCCACCGCUUUAUCGCCCUCUCCUCCACCUCCCCUCUUCGCGCGAGUGCGUGUGCGUGGCUGGCUAUAAUGUUUUGGCCAUAAAAAAGUGCAACCAACCACCGAUCCGCUGAAAGUUAUAAACAAAAGCAGUGCAGAAAUGUCCGAGGCCGAUCUGAAGAACCUGUCGCAAAAUACGGAUGGCGAUCAGGAACUGCUCCUCCAUCAGACCACACAAUCCCUGCUGAUGGCCAGUUCCAUGUUGUUCGUGGAAAAUCCCGGAGGGGGCGGGGCUGUUCCCGUACCAGGACCCGUUUCCCUGCCACUUUCGAUCGGCUUGCCCCAUCAUCCGAUACCCUACAACGCGGACGAUCUGCUCCGGGAGAACAAUGCCCUACAUGCCAAAAUCAAGGAGUUGAGUCUCGAACGGGAUCGCCUGCUGUGCGAGGUCUCCAAUCUGCGCCUCGAGCUGGAUAUGUCGGAGCUCAAGCGGUUGCCCAUUGAUCUCGAUGAGAACUUUCCCCAAAAGAGCCUCGAGCGGAGCGGCUCCACCCAGUAUGAACUGGCUGGAGCGCCACAGCCGGGAUCUGCCAAUGCCUCCUCCUGCACAGACAGCGGCAGUGUUGGCGGCUAUGUCUACCUGCAGAAUCACUACGCACCCGGCGCCCACAGCAACUCGGCCGCCAUCAACUAUCCUGCGCAACAGCAUCCCCAGAUGGUCUACCAAAUCCAGCAGUAUCCCACGUGCCAUCAGCAGCAGCAACAACAACAGCAGCAGCAACAGCAACAGCAGCACCUGCAGCAGCAGCAACAGCAACACAUGCACCAGACCAGCGCAGGUCACUACAUGCAGGUCACGGCGACGGGUGGCCAAUACCACCACCAUCACAUGCUCCACGGCCACGGGCAUCAUGUCCACCAUCAUGGCCACGGCGGGGCGGUGGUCAUCGCCGGCAGCGGUGUGGGCACUGGCCUGGGAUCCGGAGCCACCAGUGUGAUCAUGCAGCACCAGCAACAGCAGCAGCAGCAGCAGCAACAGAAUAUGCACAAGAAGAACUCCAUCCGGAAUGGCGGUGAUGUCCUCAAGCGAGGGCGAGCUCAGUCAGCCUACGAACUCUCACAAGAUCUGUUGGAGAAACAGAUCGAGCUGCUGGAGCGCAAGUACGGCGGAGUGCGAGCCCGCAACGCGGCGGUCACAAUUCAGCGCGCCUUUCGCCACUACAUGAUGGUGAAGAAGUUCGCCUCGAUCACGGCAAUGGCCAAGGCUGAGAAGCGGCUCAGUCGACGCAUGGUGGUGACGGCCAGUAGCCUUGGAUUGGCCGAGGAGGGUGCCUCCUCAUCGUCGGCCUACGGCAGUGCCACGGAAUCUCAGCUCGCCGAGCAGCAACAGCAACAACAACUGGCGGCGGUACAACACCACCAGCAGCAGCAGCAGCAACAACAGCAGCAACAGCAACAGCAGCAGCAGCAGCCACGUGUCACCAUCAUGGCGGGUCCGGCGGGAGCUGCUUCGCCGGGCCUAUCCCGGACACCUCCAACGCGAUCGCUUUCCAUGCGGGAGCGACGUCAGCUGGACUGCAGUCCCAUACCGCGCAGUCAGUCAGGAGCUUCGCCCGCCUCCAUAUCCAGUUCGACAGUCAGCACUUCCGCUCUGGCCUCCCAUCCGCAUGUGAACCUGUUGCACGCGGCCGAACCGCAUUACUACAAUGCCCAGGCACUGCCCACGGCAGCUGCCUACUACACCAGCUACCAUGGAUCGCCGCAUGACUUGAGCUAUGCCAGUUCGGCGGACACCUCGCUAAAUGCCUCGUGGGUGAACACCAGCGGUCACUCACCGCACACGCCCUACUAUUCGGCCGCCCAGAUAUACAUGCGACCCAAGGGCGGCAGCACCACGCCUACGCCCAGUUGCAGCGGCAGCACCGGAAGCGGCAGCGGGGGCAGCGGCAGCGGGGGCAGCAACAAAAAGGUGCCACCGGAGGUGCCCAAACGCACCAGCUCCAUAACGGCCCAACAGCAGACGCAGUUGCUCCUGCUGCAACGCCAAACGCCGCCGCCUCCGUCGCUCCUCAGGACCAAUGGCCUGUGCAAAACCGCUGAAAACGGCAGCUUGACCUCCGUCCAAAGUUCUGGUUCGGAUUCGAGUGUAACCUCAGCGGAACGCAACCUCAACAGCGACUUGGGCUCGGAUCGCAGCAACUCACCGCACACUUGGAAGCGCGGGACAGCGCUGAACAGCUCGCAGCAGUUCUCCACGCACUCGGCGGACUCAGCGGGAGCGGUAUCCGGCGGUGGAGUUGGCGUGGCCGGAGGAGCCGGUGUGUAUGCUGCACAGAUGCAGGCAGCCGUUGCAGCGGCCACGGCGGCCGGAGGAUUGCCACCGGCCGAUGAUCAUGCCAUCUCCUCGCACACGAGUGCCGCUCAGUAUGAGCAGCAUGAGCAGCAGCAGCACGAACAGCAGCAACUGCAGGCGGCCGCUGCCGCAGCCGGAGUGGCCCAGAAUUACAAGAUGUCGGAGACGAUACGCAAGCGACAGUAUCGCGUUGGACUCAAUCUGUUCAACAAGAAGCCGGAGAAGGGCAUCACCUAUCUGAUCAGGCGGGGAUUCCUCGAGAACACACCGCAGGGUGUGGCCCGUUUCCUGAUCACCCGCAAGGGCUUGUCCCGCCAGAUGAUUGGCGAGUAUCUGGGCAAUCUGCAGAACCAGUUCAACAUGGCCGUGCUCAGUUGCUUCGCCAUGGAGCUGGACCUGUCCGGUCGCCAGGUGGAUGUGGCUUUGCGCAAGUUCCAGGCCUAUUUCCGGAUGCCCGGAGAGGCGCAAAAGAUCGAGCGGCUGAUGGAGAUAUUCUCGCAGCGCUACUGCGAGUGCAAUGCGGACAUCGUGGGGCGACUGAGAUCAUCCGAUACGAUCUUUGUCCUGGCCUUUGCCAUCAUCAUGCUGAAUACCGAUCUGCACACGCCAAAUCUGAAGCCAGAGCGUCGCAUGCGCGUGGAGGACUUUAUCAAGAAUCUGCGCGGCAUUGACGAUUGCCAUGACAUCGACAAGGACAUGCUAAUGGGCAUUUACGACCGCGUCAAGUCUGACGAAUUCAAGCCCGGCAGUGACCAUGUCACCCAGGUGAUGAAGGUCCAGGCCACCAUUGUGGGCAAGAAACCAAAUCUGGCGUUGCCCCAUCGCCGACUCGUCUGCUAUUGCCGGCUGUACGAGAUACCCGAUGUGAACAAAAAGGAACGACCCGGAGUGCAUCAGCGCGAGGUGUUCCUGUUCAACGAUCUGCUGGUCAUUACCAAAAUCUUUAGCAAAAAGAAGACCUCCGUGACGUACACGUUCCGCAACAGUUUCCCGCUGUGCGGCACCGUUGUCACCCUGCUGGACAUGCCCAACUAUCCGUUCUGCAUCCAGCUCUCCCAGAAGGUGGACGGCAAGAUCCUGAUCACCUUCAAUGCCCGCAACGAACACGAUCGCUGCAAGUUUGCCGAGGAUCUCAAAGAGUCCAUCAGCGAAAUGGACGAGAUGGAGUCACUGCGCAUUGAGGCCGAACUGGAGCGCCAGAAGUCGGCGCGCAAUCGUGCGCCUGGCAAUGCUGAGAAUCGUGACAGUGGCGUGGCCGAUGUGGAGGUCUGUCCGUGUCCCUAUCAGCCUGGAUCGCAGGCGGCCGGCGAACAGGCAGCCAACUCCGCUGACUCAUCGCAGCAAUUGAAGCGCAGUGCGCUUAGCAACAGUCUCCUCGACAUGCACGAGCAAUUUGGCAAUGAGAAACCUCAGCGACGGGGCAGCGUUGGCUCUCUGGACAGCGGCAUGAGCAUCUCGUUCCAGUCCACCACCACCUCCAGCGCCUCGAGGGAGAAUGCCGCUGCGAUUGCGGCCGCAGCUAAUGCAGCGGCGGCGGCCAAGAUGCGAUUUAAUAUGCCACCAACGGCGGCGAUCGCCACGCCUAGUAAUGUGUAUGCCGCGCCGGGAAUGCAGGCCUAUACCCACGCCAACUUUGUGCAGCAAACGCAGGCCGCUUACAUGCUGCAACAGCAGCAAAUGCUCCAGCAGCAGGCACAAAUGCAGGCUCAGGCGCAGGCACAGGCACAAGCACAAGCACAAGCACAGGCUCAAGCACAGGCACAAGCCCAAGCACAGGCGCAGGCGCAGCCACUAACUGGCCGAAUACCGGGGCGCGAAAGAAAGGCUUCGCGCACGGAUGAGAACGGACGGUCGACGGAGGUCUAAGUCAUCUAUUGUACAUUUUAGUUAUUGAGCAAAGCGAUAAUUAUUAAAUCUAUAUAGCAUAUAGAAUGAAGUAUCUUGUAUAAUCCGAAUCGAAACGAAACCGAACGCCAUUUUCUUUAACACCUAACACACACACACAGCUAACGAGUAUAUAGUGAAUUCUUAAAUGUUCCUUCGUUCUCUGCUAAUAUUAAUGUAAAUAAAUUAAACAAUUGUCUGUUCGCCACUAUCUACACACUAAAAUAAGUUUCUAAAACUAAUUGUAUAUACAUCAGCAUAAAAUAAUACACCCACGAUCUACGAUAACUAUUCUAUAGAUAUGCAUAUGUAUUAAUUGUAAUCUUUCUCCAGACACUUUAAAAACACCAAUUUAUCCCUGGGCAACUUUCUGGCCCAUCCCCUUUUUGAUCUAAUCCUCGAUGAAUUACAAAUGCGAUUUAUGAAUGUAGUUUUAUUAGCAUAUACUACUAACACCUUCACCCGUUAAGUGCGCGCUAUGUAUAUUAUAUAUUUUCUUUACCCAGCAUUAUGUUUGUGUAACUAAAGAAUGGAGUUCGUAUAUACCGCGUGUGUGUAUAUACCCUGAAUAUUAAUUUAAAAGCAUUUAGCUAUAAUUAUUCAUAUUUAUAGAGCCAAAACUAUCCAAAACCUAAAAUAUUAUAUACGAUUAUAACAAACACGAAACACGAUAUAAAAACAAAAACAAUAUGUAUAUGAAAAAGCAAAAGACUUAAAAAUUUCAAUAAAUGAAAAGAAAUAAUACCAAUGAUCA